AUGCAUGUCCUUCUAACCAAUGAUGAUGGACCUUUGAAUGAUAAAUCAUGUCCUUACAUCAAAUAUCUUGUGGAUGAAAUUAAUACUUGUACCAAUUGGGAUCUUUCCAUAGUAGUUCCUAAUCAACAACGUUCAUGGAUUGGGAAAGCUCAUUUUGCAGGUAAAACACUUUCAACAAGUUAUAUUUAUACUGAACAUAGUACAUCAACUAAGAAUAAUAAUAUUAAUUCAUUUAUUGGUCCAUUUAAUCUUCCUGAACCUAAAUAUCAUUUGGAUAAAUCUAAAUAUCAAGAAUGGUGUCUUAUUGAUUCAACUCCUGCUGCUUGUACUGAUUUAGGAAUUCAUCAUCUUUAUACAAAAUCAAAGGGUAAACCAAUUGAUCUUGUAAUUAGUGGACCUAAUUUUGGAAAGAAUUCUUCAAAUUUAUAUAUUCUUACUUCUGGAACUGUUGGAGCUGCUAUGGAAGCAGUAACUCAUGGAGUUAAAGCUAUUGCUUUAAGUUAUGCUUUUACAACUAUAGAUCAUGAUCAUGAUAUUCUUCGUGAAGCUGCUAAAAUUAGUGUUAAAUUAAUUCAAAGAUUAUAUCAAAAUUUAGUAUUACAUCAAGGUGAUAUUGAUUUAUUUUCUGUUAAUAUACCUCUUGUACCAUCAUUAAAAGCUGGUCAUACUAAAAUUAAGUAUGCCCCAAUCUUACAAAAUCAAUGGAAUUCUAUUUAUGAAGAAGAUGAAAAUUCAAUUAAUGAAGUUGGACAAUUGAAAUUCACAUGGAAUCCUGAUUUUAAAAAAGUAUAUAAACAUGGAUUACUGGAUUUUAAUCAUACUGAUAGUAGAGUACUUUUAAAUGAAGGAAUUAGUGUAACUCCAUUAAAGGCAACUUUUAAAACUAUUGAACCACUUAAAGAAGAUAUUAUUAAAGAUAUUGAAGAAUUAACUAUUAAUUCAACAUUACCUCAAAUAAUUUUCUUAAUUACUAUACCUCAUCAUUCAUAUAUUUUUAAACCAUUAGUUGAAUCAUUUAAUUCAUUAUCUAUUCCAAUAACUACUGAUCCAACUAUACUUUCUAAAAUUUCAACUCAUUCACAUUUGAAAGUUUUCCAUUAUGGAGAAUAUGAAGAUUUAAAUAUUGAUUUAAUUCAAUCUCAUCCACAACAAUAUUUUAUUCCAUCAUAUAUUUACAGAAAAGCACUUAUUAGAAAACAUUAUUUGCAUAAUACUAUUCAUCAUUUUGUUACUAAAAAUCCCAAUUCAAUUUUAAAAAAAUCAUUCCCUGAUACAUAUGCAUUAGAAGUAGAUUAUGCGGAAUUUUUAGAUGAUUCAUUAGAUGAUGCUUAUGAAUUACGGGAUGAGAUAAAUAAAGGUGAUAAAGUAUGGAUUUUAAAACCCAGUAUGAGUGAUAAGGGACAAGGUAUUAGACUAUUUAGAACAAUCGACCAAUUGCAAGAGAUAUUCAAUUCGUUUGAAGAAGAAGAAGAAGAAGAUGAUGAUGAAGAUGAGGAAGAAGUUGACCAAGUGGACAAAGAUGAUAAUAAUGGUAUAAUACUUUCUCAAUUAAGACAUUUUGUGGUUCAAGAAUAUAAAUCAUCACCAUUAUUAUUACCAAAUUAUGAAGAAAAGAAAUUUCAUUUAAGAAUUUAUGUUGUUUGUUCAGGUAAUUUACAAGUUUACGUAUAUAAAAAUAUCUUAACAUUAUUUGCUUCUAGUUCAUAUAUUGAUCCAACUAGUCAAAAUUUAAAUGAUGAUGAACCAAUUAAUUUAGAUGGACAUUUAACUAAUACUUGUUUACAAGAAGAUUCUAAUGAAGAACCAUUAGUAGUACCAUUUUGGUCAUUAUUAGGAUUAGACAAUAUCACCAAACAAUCAAUAUUUCAGAAGAUUUGUGAUAUUACUCGAGAUUUAUUUAAAGCAGCAUCAACUAUUGAUAAAAUUAAUUUUCAACCAUUACCAAAUGCUAUUGAAAUUUAUGGAGUUGAUUGUUUGGUUAAUUCCGACUUGUCAGUCGACCUCUUAGAAGUUAAUUCAUAUCCCGACUUUAAACAAACCGGGGGUGAGCUUAAGGGACUUAUAUAUGAAUUAUUUGAUAAAGUUAUUUCGGAAGUGGUAUAUCCAUUAGUUGACAAUAAUAAGACUAAUCAUUCAGAUACUAGUUCAUUAGUUCAAGUAUAUCUGACUUAAUUAUAUAGUUAAUUAUAAUUAAAAUAUAUAAAUUUAUAGUUCCGGUAUAU